AUGGCCGUCGUUCCUCUACUUGACCAAGAACUUUUCGAUAAAUGGGUCGACGGAGAAAUUGGAGACGACGCGAUUCUCGAGGCGCUGGGGAUGGGACAGGGGACCUGGACGUCAAUGAAGGCGUUCAUUGACCAGGAGAUCCACGGAUACCUCGACGUCAACGCCCCCUUGUUUCAACAAGAUACCAAUGGAGUCCUUUCGUCGGUGGUUCGUGUCUGGCCUUGGAUGGCCGAUUGGGAGCAUCAGUGGCCGGUGACUAUCAUGUUGCGCCGCUUGACGAGUUCGUUCACAGCGUUAAAUCGGCAGCGUGAUGAUCCCCCAAUCUGA